ACCUUGACCUUCUGUCAUCUUCUUUUGAUCAUCUCUCUUUCGCUUGCAGGGAAUAUCUCCCUCCGCCGAAGCUGAAAUUACCACAGAUACUUCUCUUUCUCUAAAUUUCGGGUGAGACCAUUCACUACCGUAAGACUGCCAGUCUUUUUUUUAGGAACAGCGAUUGAAAGAAUGAACAUCCCCGCAAAGAAACAAACGUUCAUCAUUUCAGAUCUCACAACGUUGCGAAGACAACCAAAUCCAUCGGGUUCGGACGUUAUCCCGUUUACAUCCCUCGGCGCCUCGGCCCGCAUGACAUGUUGCCGCCAAGAAAUCUCAGGGCCAACACAACUCACCAUGCGACUUCAUUGUCGACGUCCAACGCUCGUGGCCCUGCUUCAAGCACCUUACGCUCGCGUCUGCAACCAUUAACUGACCCAGUAAAAAACACUCUCUUUCCAUCUCUUUCCCUCAAACUAAAACUCGCCUCCUUUCCAGAUGGUUUCAGAUCCCGAACGGAUGCACGAGCUGUACCACCUCCCCGUCAUACCCCUCCCCUCCGAAGUCAGCGAUCCCGAUACCCUCUACCGUCCCAAUGCCCACUUCGAGCUAUACCCCUGUCCACCCCCACGAUGUCCCCCACACGACCAAUGCAUGUACACCGAAUCCUCUCUCCGCCUCGAGAAAACCUCCGGUCUCUACGCCGCGUCCCUGACCCACCGUAUACCCAUCCCCCCAUCCUCCCAACCCUCAGAAACCAUAGUCUUAUGUGAGAAGUUAUGCGGCGGCUUUCGCGAGGAACGCGUAACACACGUAUGGACCGCCACCAGGGGCGCUGAGGGACAGACCGUCAUCGCGAAGAUAUUCGACCCUCUAUACUUCAUCGACCCCUACGAAGGUACCGACCCAUUCCCAUUUGUCGACCUCUCCGUAUCACGCGAAGUCGAAGCUUACCGCCGACUCGAAUCCCUCCAAGGAACCAAAGUCCCCCAAUUCCUCGGACUAUUCGUCUCACCCUCACCCUCUCAGGGCAACCGCACAGUCUACGUUCUCCUACUCGAAUACGUCCCAGGAAAAGACGUCCGCUACCUCGUCCCCUCCCCAACAUCAGAUUCGCCUCCAGACUCUGAGGACACAGUAACGAAGCUUUGUCCCACCCACCGCUCCUCCAUUGUCAACGCAGCCGUCACCGUCUUCUACGACAUCCUCAUGAGCGGCGUCAAGCAGCGCGACAUGGCCCCGCGGAACCUCAUCAUCCGGCCCCCCCUCCGCGGUGGAGGUAAUCCUUUUUGCGACAAGGAAGACUGCCCAGUGCGGUUUGCUGUCGAUCCUGCUGAUGUGCAGAGCGUGAUGAUCGAUUUUGAGGGAUCUGAAUUGUGGGAUCCGGAUCAUGAGUUUUAUGAUAAGCCGACGAGGGAGAGGGAGAUGCGGGCGUUGAGGGAGGAGUAUUUGGAGGACUGGUGGUAUGGCAAGUACGGGAUAUGAUCUUUACAAAUCAUUCCUGUUUACUUUCGUGGCAUAUUGUGGGGAUUGUGAGUAACAUGUAACGCUUCUUCGAACCUUUCUCGCGACACUUGAACUCUUGGAAAUGAACGCUCCGCCUGAUUCUGGACCAGUAUUCUGAAGACCGAGUACC